CUCCAGCCAACGGAAGCUCCCCACGAGACACGAUUGCGUCCGCCGCCGCCCUCCCCUGUACCCGGACGCGGGGGAAGAAAGGGCUGGCCGGCGGCAUGGACCGCAUCGUCGGGGGCAAGUUCAAGCUCGGCAAGAAGAUCGGCUGCGGCUCCUUCGGAGUCAUCUACCUCGGCACGGAUAUGGACACCUACGAGAUCGUCGCGGUGAAGAUUGAAAGUAGCAACGCGAAGCAUCCCCAGCUGUUCUACGAGGCAAAGAUAUACAACGCCCUGCAAGGAGGAAGUGGCAUUGCGAAUGUUAAGUGGUGUGGUGUAGAUGGGGAGGAAAAUGUUCUUAUUAUUGAUUUGCUGGGGCCCACCUUAGAGGAUUUGUUUGUCUAUUGCGGCAGAAAGUUCACACUGAAGACUGUCCUAAUGUUGGCAGAUCAAAUGAUUACAAGGAUAGAGUUUAUGCAUUCCAAAGGAUACUUGCAUAGAGAUAUAAAACCUGACAAUUUUCUGAUGGGUCUCGGUCGGAAAGCAAAUCAGGUAUACGCAAUUGAUUUCGGGCUUGCAAAAAGAUACCGAGAUUCUACUACGAAUCGACAUAUUCCUUACAGAGAACAUAAGAACUUAACUGGCACUGCACGGUAUGCAAGUAGCAACACUCACCUUGGAAUUGAACAAAGUCGACGGGAUGAUUUGGAAUCUCUUGGUUAUGUUCUCCUAUAUUUUCUCCAGGGGAGUCUCCCCUGGCAAGGACUAAAAGCUGCAACGAAAAAACAGAAGUAUGAGAAGAUAUGUGAGAAAAAGAUUUCAACACCUAUCGAGGUGCUAUGCAAAUCAUGUCCGGUGGAAUUUGCUUCUUACUUUCACUACUGUCAUUCAUUGACAUUUGAUCAGAGGCCUGAUUAUGGAUUUGUGAAGCGCCUUUUUCGUGACUUAUUUACCAGCCAAGGUUAUGAGUUUGAUUACGUCUUUGAUUGGACUGUAUUGAAAUAUAAACAAGGCCAAAAGCCCCAGCAUGUUCCUGGAGCAGCUAUUACUCCAGAAAACCCAGAACAUCUUGACAAACGAACGGGUGUCCAUCCAAAAGAAUCCCAUGAACAGAUGGGGCAAAGCCAUAUGACCGGGUUAGCUGCAAAGUUGCAGGGACAAAGUAUGGCUGCCAGUGCCAGAGAAGAACCUCCAACAGCAUCUAUUACUCCACCUGUUGUGCAGGGGAGAAAUGAUGGUAAUUCAAGGCACAUAGUGCGUUUUGAUGCUUUUCGUCAAAAUCAGGGUUUUUUCAGCAAUACUGGCUCAUCAAGCGCUUGUUUUCCGACAUUUCCGCACAAUGCCCCAGCAAAGUGACAGGUCACACCUAUCUUAUGGAGUUAGCAAUGAGAAAAUGCUUAAGAAGAGACCCCAGUUCUUAUAGAGUGGUUCAGAUUCAAAAAUCAUGAUGCAUAAUUCCUGCUGCUGACAUGGCCACUGAUGCGUUUGAUUAUUUUUCGAGAAAACGCAAAAGUCUUGCAUCUCAUGCAUUGAUAGAAGAAGAGUUAUGCACAACACAACUCCCAGGGCCAACGCUCAAGAAUUGCAAUGUGACACCCUAAGUGCUAGAACCAGCGGAAGGAGCGCUGCCAGCGCGGCUGCCCCUCCUAACGCCCACCGUCUUGCAAUUAGCCUGGAUAGUGGCGAGCAAGUUGGCAACGUUGGGCUGCUUGUUGUCGAAUACGACCAUGCCCUGCUGCUUCCAAAUCCACAAGGCCAUGACAAGGAUGAACGAAGGGGUGCCUAGCUUCAUAGCCGGCGGGUUGGAAAUGGUGACCUGCUGCCACCAGUCGACAAAGUCCUCCCCGACAACCAGUUUGAUUAUGACACUGCCUGCUAAUUAAGCAAGGUUUGCUUACUAUUCUGUUGGAUGCUCCAACAGUUUGUUAAACUGUUGCUUAGAUAUGUUCCCACAGUGGCUGAUGGCAUCUAAGUUGUUCAUAUGUGUAGAUAAGUAUCAUGGACACAUUGCAAUAAUGGUGAUGUGGGCUCAUUCGGUGUCCUGUAUCGAUCCAA